AUGGGCAAAAUCUCAUGGGCAGCACUGCACCUGGCUUCAUUGAGUCUUGGGGUCAACGCGUACACCAGCCCUUGUAUCUAUCAGUCUGAUAAAUGUGGCAGCACCCUGGCGACGUUGUAUGGUUACUCUGUGUCUGAGUUGAUUGCCGCUGUCAAUCAGACAUCCUCAAUCCCACAGAUCUCUCUGGCCCAGCUUUUCCAGGUCAUCUACCGAUGUGAGGAUAUCUAUGGGGGCAUUGUGGGUAACAGUUUGUGCAUCGAUGGAUGUAUCCCGGCAAACAAUCCCACUCGUGAUGAUCAAUGCCAGCUGUCCGAGGCUACCACUACCGUUACGGUUACCACUGCGGCUGCAGUUUCUUGCUACAAGCAAUGUCAGACUGUUUGUUUCGGCGGCAGUUGUUCAACUUGUAUGAAUACGAUGAUACACGCGCCGAGUAUGACUCCGCUUUUGAAAUUCUGA